AUGGUUUUCUUUCUUUUUAUCUUUCUUUCUUUCUUUCUUUUUUCUUUCUUUCUUUAUUCUUUCUUUCUUUCUUUCUUUUCUUUUCUUUUCUUUUUUUUUUUUUUUUCUUUUGUUCUUUUCUUAGUAUUUUACUCAUUCCUUUCAUUCGAUCUUUUUUCUUUAUUAUGGUUUUCUUUCUUUUUAUCUUUCUUUCUUUCUUUCUUUUCUUUUCUUUUUUCUUAUUUUCUUAGUAGUUCUUACACUUUUCUUUUUCUUUCACUCUUUCUUUCUUUCUUUCUUAUAAUCAUUUCCUUUUUCUUUUCUUUCUUCUUUCUUCCUUUUCUUUCUUUUUCCUUUCCUUAUUCUUUGUUUAUCAUUCUUUUCUUUCUUCCUUUCUUUCCUUUCUUUUUCUCUUUUCUACAUCGACUAUCUAUUUUUAUAUUCCUUAUUCCUUACUUUCUUCCAUUCUUUCUUUUAUCUUUCUUUUUUUCCUUCUUUUUCUUCAGAUUUUCUUUUUUUUCAUUCAUUUCUUUUCUUCCUUCCUAUAUUCCUUUUUUCUCUCUUUUUUCUAUUCCUAUUUUCUUUAUUAGUAUUAUAACCAUUUCUUUCUUUCUCUCUUUCUUUCUUUCUUUUUUUUUUUUUUUUUUUUUUUCAUUCUUCCAUUUCUUCUUUUCUUCUUUCUUUCUUUCUUUCUUUCUUUUUAACCCCUUUUCUUUUUCUCUCCUUUCUUCCUUUCAUCAAAUCAUUCCUUUUUUUCUUUCUUUCUUUCCUUCUUUCUUUCUUUCUUUCACCUACUCACUUGAUUUCCUUAUUUCUUUAAUAUUCCUAUCUUUCUUUUUAUGUCUGUCUGUCUGUCUAUCUAUCUAUCUAUCUAAGUAUAUCUAUAUAUUUAUUUAUUUCAGUUUGUCCAUCUAUCUAUCUCAGCAUGUCUGUCUGUCUAUCUAUCUAUCUCAGCAUAUCUAUCUAUAUAUUUAUCUAUCUCAUUCUGUCGAUCUAUCUACCUAUCUACUUCAGUCUUUCCAUCUAUCUAUCUAUCUAUCUAUCUAUCUAUCUAUCUAUCUAUCUAUCUAUUUCUAUCUCUCUCUCUCUCUCUCUAUAUAUAUAUAUAUAUAUAUAUAUAUAUAUAUAUAUAUAUAUGAAGAAAUAUAG